UGGAUUUCUUGAAGAGGCCAUCCACGGUCCUAUUUACGACGGCCAUUGCUGUGAAAAAUUUAACGCCGUGUUUUCCAUUUGAAAUUUAAACUCAGAAAUCUAAGAAUCUCGAGUAGCGUGCACGCAACCGUUGUCAAAUCUUGUUGUGUAUGUUUUUGAAAAUGGUAAAGUGUGUUGUCGCGUUUUUCGCCUAAGAACGAAUACGAGUAAAUACAAGAGCUAUAUACAAAAAAAUAUAGAGCAUAUAUAGCCACCACAUACCGCAUAUCGCAUACCGCCUACCGCCUGGGCAAUAUACGUGCGCGAUUGUUGCCAUCCCGUUCCCGAUCCCGCUAUCCCGCUCGCGAUGGCGUCGCGCAGGCGCGCCGAACUGAAUCCCAAACUGCACAUGGACAGGCAGCCGACAGCUGCCCGCAUAACAGAUCCAUCAUUACCAGCCGGCAAGCGACGCGAGAUUGACAACGUUAUGAAAAAGGCUCGUGCCAACACAACGAACGACUAUUGGGACAAAAAGCUGAUCGAGGCCGAGGAGAAGGACCCCAACCGCUGGCGCCACACCGGAUACAAGAAGAUGUACAUCCAGGGCGAAAGCAGCUCUGGCGAAAGUGAUCGUGAGGUGGUCCCCCGGGAGGGACGCGACGGCCGUGAUGGUCGCGACGGACGUGAGGGUCGGGAUGGAGCGCCGCCCUACAGUCGUUACCCACCCAGCGGACCGCCGCCUGGUCACCCGCCGCCGCGCUACGGCCGCUCCCGGUCCCCCCACUCGCGUAGCCGUUCUCGUUUACGGAAAUCACCGCCGCUGUCCCCGCCAUCGCGCAGGAGAUCACCACCGAUGCCCAUGCACGGCAUGGAGCGUCGCGGCGGUCCACGAUCCCCACCGAUGCCGCGUUCGCCCAACAGCCACGAUACUAUGAUGCGUCGUCCCGGUAAUGGCCACGGAAGGCCACGCUCGCCACCGGAACCGAGCAGCUGUUCCACGUCGUCCUUGCGCCGAAAGCCAACCGCGUCGCGAUCUCCGCUAAGCCGGCGUCGAUCGCCGCCCUUGCCGCCACCCUCGUCCUCGUCGUCGGGAAUGGAUAAGCGUGGAGGCGUUACCCACAUUCUGCCGCGUUCCAAACGUCCACCCUCGCCACCGCCAAGGCAUUCGAUGCGUUCGCGUUCAAACAGCUCCAUGAGCAGCAGUUCCGAUGAUUCCUGCUCCUUGUGCUCUCCCAGCCAUCGCCAUAGGUCUCGAUCUCGCGGUCCUCGUUCGCCGCCUCCCAAGCCACGUGGCCACUAUCGACAGGGGGCGCCGCCGCCCCCACCGCCGGAGUCACAUGGCCGCAUCCAUGGUCGCCCUACCACGCCACCGCCCGUGCGCGGAGGAAGCAGUUCGGUAUCCGCCAUGGAAAAGUACCGCCAAGCUAAGAUGCGGCACGAGCGCGAUUCCUCGUCGGAUAUGCACCCAAAGAUUGGACGCAUAGCGCGUCACUCUCCGCCGCCGGAGGAUCCGCGAUUGAAGCACCGGCCGCCAGAGCCACCGGAGCCAGCAGCAGCGCCAGCGGGUGCGCCAUCAACUCAAGCCAAGAAAAAGAAGAAAGAAAAGGAGGUGAGACCCCGCAUCAAAAUUGAAGGUGAGAAACGGAAAAAGCAUCCGAGCGGCUCGGCAAGUGCUAGCGGAGGUAACGUGGCUAACUCCUCCUCGGACUCGGAUGACUCGGGUGGAUCAGAUAGCGAUGAAGUCGGUUCGCUGCCGACUUUUUCGGCUACGACGCGUUUGACGCUUUCGGAGCGUUUCGGCAAAAUGGCGCAGUGGAGCAUCGACCGGAGCAAUAUGGAAAACAUGCGCAUCACCAAAGACUCCACCGGUGGGGCACUGAAGGUGAUGAUCGAAGAGGGUCUGGAGUCGCCACCGCGCCGAUACUCGUAUUCGCCGGCACCGGUCGGGCAUUUUCCGGAGGAGUUGGCCACCACAGCACCGACGGGUAUGCUGUCGUGGGACGAUGUUCGCGUCCGUUAUGACUACUACAAAAAUCGUGGUUAUCUGAGAGACUUGGACCUUAAGGAUUAUAUCAAGUGGGAGGAGUGGUGGUAUAAAUACCAGGAGUGGUUAAAACAGGAACGCUACUAUGAGUACUGGGAUCGUAGCCAGCAAUUGCGUAGACGACGCAAGAAGCUGCCGGUCACUCAGCGCUUGAAUUAAAGAGCACUCUUGACAUUCACCGCAUCUCUCGCAUUGUACUGCACCUUUCUCCUCACUCAUCUUAUUUUUUUUAUUUUCUUUUUUCGUUUGUGUUACUUCCUCUAUUCAUUCUCUAUUCUAUUCUAUCAUCUUCUGUACAUUGAAAAUGUAUAAUACUGCAUUUGCCAGCUUAUAUAUUUUAUGACUAAUAGUAGCCAUCAGCCAAGCACUGAUCGCUGGGCUCGAUUUUUCGCCUAGAGAUUAUAUUAACACUGAACUUUGUAAGUUGUGUUGUGUGCAUGCUGUUACAUGCAAAGCAGACACUUAGACACUUGUAAACUUAUUAAAUAACAAUAUAAAUUGAA